GUCCCACACUUGACGAAUAACAAAAAAAAAGAAGAAAAUGCCUUUGUCUCUGCUCUCUCCUCUUCCUCUGCUCCACUCGUUCUCUCCGACAAAAUCCACCGCCUCUAGAAUCAGAGCCACGCCGUAUAGACUCCGCUUGUCCGUCGUGAAAGCGACGUCUGAUAAGGGAAGCAGCGGAAAUGUUCCCGAGGACGAUGAUCCAUCUUUCAACCCGUUUGGCUUCGUCACGGACAAUCCAUCUAGCCGGAGCGCAAUCCAGCUGCCGGAGUCUCCUGCCGAAGACGGUAACGUCGGUCAGAUGCUCUACAGGACAGAAGAUAAGGGAAGGGAGUUUGGUUCCACCAUCAGAUCAGGGAAGCUUAGAUGGUUUGUGAGAGAAACUGGAUCAAAGGAGAGUCAUAGAGGAACAGUUGUGUUUCUUCAUGGAGCUCCAACUCAGUCUUUUAGUUACCGUACUGUCAUGUCUGAGAUGACAAAAGCUGGGUUUCAUUGCUAUGCACCUGAUUGGAUAGGAUUCGGAUUCAGUGACAAACCUCAGCCAGGAUAUGGUUUUAAUUACACAGAGAAAGAGUAUCAUGAGGCGUUUGAUAAACUGCUGGACACGUUGGAGAUCAAAUCUCCUUUCUUUCUCGUUGUUCAGGGCUUUCUUGUGGGUUCUUACGGUUUAACAUGGGCGUUAAAGAAUCCAAGCAAGGUUGAGAAAAUCGCCAUCCUUAAUACUCCGUUGACUGUUUCAUCCCCAGUUCCUGGAUUGUUUAAGCAGCUGAGGAUCCCCCUCUUUGGUGAAUUCACGUGCCAAAAUGCUAUAUUGGCAGAGCGGUUCAUUGAAGGAGGUAGCCCCUACGUCUUGAAGAAUGAGAAAGCUGAUGUCUAUCGUCUACCAUAUUUGUCAAGCGGAGGGCCUGGUUUUGCCUUGCUAGAGACUGCUAAAAAGAUCAACUUCGGAGACACCUUGGGUCAAAUUGCAAAUGGGUUUUCAUCAGGCAGCUGGGACAAACCCACGCUUCUGGCUUGGGGUAUAGCUGAUAAGUACCUGUCUCAGUCUAUAGCAGAGGAGUUUGAGAAACAGAACCCUCAAAAUGUUAAGCUUCGACUCAUCGAAGGUGCUGGCCAUUUGCCUCAGGAAGACUGGCCAGAGAAAGUAGUUGCUGCCCUCCGAUCAUUUUUCUAACUUCCAAAGUUAAAACCAAGGUCAAAGGUAUUGGUGUCAGAGCCUUACCUCUUUGAUGGAUGUGUGCAAGGCUUCACAUUGCUCUUUGGAGAGGCUAGAAGCAGUCUGCAACGGGUGGAUUCUUGCCUGUGAAAGAGGAAGACAAGCAGAGCAUUAAUCCUACAACAUGUAAAUUGAGUCGUAAAAUGUACAAAAUUUCCAAAGAAAAGAGAACACUUUGCGAGUCAAAUGAGUGGUUGCAAAAAUGAUUCGUUUGAUCCCAA